CUCUUAGUAUUCCUCCCCAUCCCUUGCCCCUCCCCCGACUUCUCCCGUUCCAUAUCUGCCAUCCCUCUCUGCCAAUCCCUCCACUGGCUUCCACUCAGUGUCCUCCACCCCUCUCUGCCAAUCCCUCCACUGGCCUCUAUUCAGUGCCCUCCACCCCUCUCUGCCAAACCCUCUACUGGCCUCCACUCAGUGUCCUCCACCCCUCUCUGCCAAUCCCUCCACUGGCCUCCACUCAGUGUCCUCCACCCCUCUCUGCCAAUCCCUCCACUGGCCUCCACUCAGUGUCCUCCACCCCUCUCUGCCAAUCCCUCCACUGGCCUCCACUCAGUGUCCUCCACCCUGCUCUGCCAAUCCCUCCACUGGAUUCCCAUU